UUAAAAAGUUAUUAUCAGAAAUGGCGGAGGACUCGAUAAGGGAAGUGGGCAGUGUAAGUGUAUUAAAUAGCCGUUCAACAGAGGAUGGAGGACAUUUACAUGGGGAAACUUGUCUUUCGAUUUCGCCAAACAAAGAAGGAUUUAACUCAUCCGAUCACUUAAAUACAGAAUGUAGCCUGCUAGGGGAUACAGUGUCAAACGAACCCGCCACGGAAUGUCCGGGACAACUCUCAACUCAGCGAAUACCGAUCGACUAUGCCAACGCAGACGUCUCGGAGUCAACAAAAAACUCUUCAGAAUCUGAAUUUACCACGGCAGACAAGGAAAAUUGUAUCCCCGCCGUUGUUACUACUUGUGGUCCGGGAGUCACCGGUCCAGUCCAUGUCGCCACUGAGGCUCCACAUAAAGAAAGUCUCUCCCAAAAGAGCGAAGAGGCCGGCUCUGCCCUUCCUCUGACUCCUGGUCGGCAGAUAGAAGAUGACGCCGAGGUGGUGCGAAGGGCUCGCGAGGAAGGUCGGGUGAAUGUUGUCUUUCCUGGCUCAGUAACUCAAGAAGGCUGCUGCCGUAUCAUCUGUGAGAUCCUCAAGUGCAUCCUGUACCAGAGACAGCAACUGCCCAUGACCUAUGAACAGCUGGUGUAUUCUCAGAAGGAGCAUCAAGAUAUGCUGAACAAGGAGCUGGUGGGUCGGAGGCCCUCUCUGUCCACAGUCUUGGACUGGAGGAGGUGCCAGCGAACACUUCAGGACCUGGAGGAGGUACUGCAGCAGCUGGAGGUGCUGUUCUCCCUCAGCCUGGUUCCCCGGGUUCUCCUCCUCCUCGGGGGUUCCAUCAUCCUCCCUAAGGAGCUGUACGAGGUCAACAUGGAGGCGGUUCUCCGGGCGUCUGGGGGCCGCAGCCUCAGAGUCUCCACCUGCAUGCGUCACAUGUUUAGGACUCUGUUCGUGGCGGACGUUCUGUCCGACACCAGACCGAUCCACCUCAUGAACACCACCAUCAUGGUUAUGGCUCACAGGGACUGCGGCGUUGACUGGUUCCGGCCUAAACUGGAAUACCGAGUCCCCACGCGGGUUAAGAGCCAGGUUAUUGCCCUGGCUUCAGACCCUGGCUUCUCUGAGGCCUCGCAGAGAGACCUCCAGGCCUGGCAGGAUUACGUGUGGUUCCAGGCCCCGGUGGCCAUCAAGGGCUUCAGCAAGUGACCUUCCAGAGGAAGGACCAGAGGAAGGACCAGAGGAAGGACCAGAGGAAGGACCAGAGGAAGGACCAGAGGAAGGACCAGACGGCACGAGGUGGUCGGAAAAGUCAAAGGGGGGAAAUAUGCCUGCUAACCACACGUUUCUCAGGAACCUUUUUGUCGGUGUAGUUUUUUUUUAUAGUUCAGGAUGGAGGCUGGUGUUCUGUGAACUACCGAAUUGUACAGGUUUUUAUUGAUGGGUCGUCUAGAUCUACUUUUAGUUUGAAAUGACGUAAUGAAAGCACACCUGGUGGCUUUGUACUGUUAAGCAGAAUCCAGUUCAUCAUAUUAACGCUCGUGGACACUCAACCUCAGGUUUGACACAAAAUAGUUUUUUCUACUUCAAGUGCAUAUAUAUUUGUGUAUUUUGCAAUGUGUGGUCUUCUCCAAUCUCAGAAUAUUUCUCCAAGCAGUGUCUUGUUUUCUGACUGCAGUGUCUCCUGCAUGAUGUCCUGUAGUUGUAUGUUUGGAAGAUUGACUUAGUGUGCUGGGUAAGAUGUGUGCUUAGACUCAUCAAAUGUUGUAUAAUUCUGCUUAGAAGUCUGCUUCAAAACUUUAUUGUACAACCUGACAGUUCAGUAUUCAAUAAAGUAACAAGUGCAAGUCAUUCUGCUUCCAUAACACCACUACCUACACUAUAUUAAUUGAGGGUUGUUAUCAGGUACAUUAACAUAACCUUUUUCAGUCUAGGUGGUUCAAACUCAAAUCAGAGCUCUGUAGUGUUUUCAGUCAUUUUUGUCCAUCUACAUUUACAUUUAUUCAUUUAGCAGACGCUUUUGUCCAAAGCGACUUCCAAGAGAGAGCUUUACAAAGUGCAUAG